AUGGCCGGUUCCCAGCUCAAGCGCCUUAAGGCGUCCUUGAGAGAACAGGGCAUAACCGGACCUCAACAAUCCAAGAAACAACGGCGCAAGGCCGCCGAGGACGGCAAGGCCCGCAACGACAAGAGGUUGCAGAGAGGGGUCAUUUUGGAAGGCAUCCGCGAGCGCUUCAAUCCUUUCGACCUCAAGCACGCCAAGGGACCCAAGUUCGAGGUCACCUCGAAUCGCGUGACCACCGGAGAUGCUGCCAAAGGUAUCAAAGGCCGGCCUGGCCAAGCCAGAGCCGCUGCCGAGGAGUUGCGCCGUGAGACCCUUCUAGUCGAUAUGCAGCGUCGGAACAAGGUCGGAGGAAUUCUGGAUCGAAGAUUUGGAGAGAAUGACCCGACAAUGGCGCUAGAAGACAAAAUGCUGGAACGAUUUGCCCGAGAGAAGCAGCGAAGUCACAAGAAGAACUCCUUGUUCGAUCUGGAAGACAGCGAACCGCUUGAAGGUGGCCUCACACAUAUGGGCAAGGCUCUAACAUUCGACGAAGGCGCGGCAGUGGAUGACUUUCAGGAAGAGGACCUGGACUACGACAGCGACGCUUCGGAGCGAGAACUUCAACGACUUAAGCGCGUUCGUGCCAUGGCUGCCGAAGGACACGACGACCAUGAGGAGGGGCAACCGGAACGAAAAAAGUCGAAGAAGGAGGUUAUGGAGGAGGUCAUCGCGAAAUCGAAAAUGCACAAGUACGAGCGGCAGGCGGCGAAGGAGGACGACGAGGAGGUUCGCGCCGAACUGGACAAAGAUCUCCGGAAUAUCCAACUUUUGCUCUCCUCGAGCGGCAAGAACGGCCAGAAACAAGGGCGCAGCGAGCCGCUGGUUUCCAUCAUUGCUGGCGAGGACAGAGACGCAUUCGAGAAGAAUUAUGAUCUUCAGGUCAAGCUCUUGGCGCAGGACAAGAGAGCCCAGCCGGCGGAUCGGACAAAGACGGAGGACGAGAUGGCCGAGGCCGAGUCGAAGAGACUGAAGGAGCUCGAGGACAAGCGACAGAAGCGCAUGAAGGGAGAGGAAGUCUCUGACAGCGACGAGAGUGACAAGGAGGACAGCAUGGGCGCGGAUGAAGCUAUCGACGCCAACCUGUCCGACGAGGAUGACUUUGGCCUUGGCAGCGGCAUCAAGACCCGACCAACGGCUACAGAACUUGGCUUCGACGACGAAGACGACUUUAUCAUCGACGAUGAUCUCGUCGCAAGCGGCUCGGAUCUCGAACUGAUGGAUAGUGACGAAGAAUCGGAUUUGGGUGAUGCGGAAGAGGAUGACGACGAAGAAGAGGACGACUUCACGAAAGGGCUGCUGAACAACGAAGAGGCCAGAAACCCACUCUUCGCAGCGGAGUCGACUGCUGUGCCGUCGGCGCUCGAGAAGGUGGACGGUCUUGACUUGCCAUUUACGUUUCCCUGCCCUCAAUCAUGCGAGGAAUUUGUCUCGGUCACGGCCAGCUAUCCAAGCUCGAGCCUCCCGACUAUCAUUCAGCGAAUAAGGGCGCUCUAUCACCCAAAACUCGACAGCAACAACAAGGAGAAGCUCGGCAAGUUUGCCAUGGCGUUGGUCGACUUCGUUUCAUCAAGCCAGGACAGCAAGAUGUCGACUCCGUUUCCGGUGCUCGAAAGCAUCGUUCGUCACAUUCAUUCGCUUGCGAAGAUGUUUCCGAUUGAGAUUGCCAGCCGGUUCCGACAUCACAUGCAAGAGAUGGGCGGCGAGAGGCCUCUUGCGCUGGAGCCGUCGGAUCUCAUCGCCCUCACGGCGAUCGGGACCAUCUUCCCGACGUCGGAUCACUUUCACCAAGUCGUCACGCCGGCGAUGCUGACGAUGGGACGCUAUCUAGGGCAGAAGGUGCCUCAGAAUCUAUUCGACUACGCUACCGGAACGUAUCUCUCGAUCCUUGCUCUGCAGUACCAGCAACUGUCCAAACGCUACGUGCCCGAGGUGAUCAACUUCUGCCUCAACACUGUCAACUCUCUGUCGCCCACCGCCACGGCCAAGAAAACGGGCAACUUUCCCCGGCACGAGCCGGCAGCCGGCAUCCGGGCUCGCGAUUGUGGCGAUGUUACCAUCCGGAAGCUUACCUUGGCCGACUGCGCUUUCGCUGACUUGAAUGGGGCGAAGGCUGCGUCUCUCACAGUCGCCGUACUAGACACAACUCUCCAAGUGCUCGACGCGGCAGCCGACCUCUGGACAGGUAAAGAUGCGUUCCUGAACACUUUCGAGCAGGUCGCAGGCGUAACGCAGCAUCUGCGUGGAAGUUCCUGCCGGACACAUCUGCCGACUCGGCUCCGCGAACGGGCAGAGAAGCUCGAUGGCAAGCUCAGCCGGAUGAUGCGACUCGGCCAACUGUCGCGUCGGCCACUAGAGCUGCAUCACCACCGGCCGCUAGCCAUCAAGUCGUUCAUACCCAAGUUCGAGGAGACGUUUGACCCAGACAAGCACUACGACCCGGAUCGCGAGCGCGCCGAGCUGGCGAAGCUCAAGGCCGAGCACAAGAAGGAGCGCAAGGGCGCGAUGCGAGAACUGAGGAAGGAUGCCAACUUCAUGGCGAGGGAGAAGCUGCGCAUCAAGAAGGCCAAGGACGAGGCGUACGAGCAGAAAUACAAGAGACUCGUGGCGGAAAUUCAGAGCGAGGAGGGGCGAGAGGCGAAUGCGUACGAGAGGGAACGAAAUGCGAGGAAGCGGGCGAGGGAUCGGUAG